UGAUUCUUAUUAAAAGCAUGAUCCACUGAAGAGGGCGUGGCGAAAGGUAAACGUAAGAGGAUGUCCAUGUUGCUAUGGUUACAGUCUAGCAUACCAGCUUGAGUUCACGCCCCGUUGUAAAACUACUGUCGAAAGUCGCCCAACACCUGUGCUAGCGUCCACCCCGAAAGGCAUUCGAGCAAGCAUGUCCGGCGACCUCGCUGGCGUGUGGGAGGUCGCGUUGAGCGACGGCGUCCACAGGAUCGAAUUCGAGCACGGGACGACCACCGGCAAGAGGGUCAUCUACGUCGACGGAAAGGAGGUGCUGAGGCGGGACUGGAUGUUCAAGCUUGUGGGCAAGGAGACGUUCAUCGUGGGCAAGCUGGACACAAAAGCCACCAUCAACAUCGACCCGAUCAGCGGCUUCGCCUACGAGUACACCCUGGAGAUCAACGGCAAGAGCCUGAAGAAGUACAUGGAGAACCGGGCCAAGGUGGCCAGCACCUGGGUGCUCAACCUGGAUGGGACGGAUACCAGGGUGGUCUUGGAGAAAGAUACCAUGGAUAUUUGGUGUAAUGGAGAGAAGAUUGAAACUGCAGGCGAGUUUGUGGACGACGGCACAGAAACCCACUUCACCCUGGGUGAACACAACUGCUGUGUGAAGGCGGUGAGCAGCGGAAAACAACGAGACGGACUCAUUCACACACUUCUCGUGGACGGAGCAGAAAUAGCUGAAUGUACAGAGUGACUUUUUGUUCAUUUAAAAAACAUAUAUAUUAAAAUAUAUAUAUAUAUAUAUAUAUAUAUAUAUAUGUAUAUAUAUAUAUAUAUAUAUAAGCGGCUGAAAUAAGUAUUUAACAUGUCACCAUUUUUCCCACUACAUAUAUUUCCAAAGCUGCUAUUGACAUGAAAAUUUCACCAGAUGUUGGGAUCCACCCAUUUAACCCAUACAUACGAAGAAAGUAGAAUAAAUAAGAUGAGAAAUUAAGUUGUGUGUAAUAAUGUGAAAUGACACAGGGAAAAAGUAUUGAACACGGCAACUGGUAUUUAUUUAAUACUUUGUACAAAAGCCUUUGUUUGCAAUGACAGGUUCAAGACGCCUCCUGUUUGAAGAAACUAGUCGCCUGCAUUGCUCUGAUGUGAUUUUGGCCUAUUCUUCCACACAAGCAGUCUUAAAAUCUUGAAGGUUCUGUGGGCUUCAUUUAUGGACCUCCAGUUUCAGUCCUUUCCAUAGAUUUUCGAUUGGAUUCAAGUCAGGUGAUUGGCUAGGCCAUUCUAGCAACUUUAUUUUGUUUCUUUGAAACCAAUUGAGAGUUUCCUUGGCAGUGUGUUUGGGAUCAUUAUCCUGCUGAAAUGUCCACCUCGUUUUAUUUUCAUCAUCCUCGUAGAUAGCAGCAGAUUUUUGUCCAGAACGUCACGGUACAUUUGCCCAUUCAUCCUUCCUUCAAUAAUGUGAAGUUUACCAGUACCAUUUGCUGAAAAGCAGCCCCACACCAUCAUGUUCCCACCUCCGUACCUGACUGUUGGUAUGGUGUUUUUAAGGUGAAAGGUGAUGUGCAGUGCCAUUUCUCCUCCAAACGUGGUGUGCAUAAUGGCAUCCAAACAGUUCAGUUUUGCUCUCAUCGGACCAGACUAUAGUCUCCCAGUAUUUAACUGGCUUGUCCAAAUGUUGUUCAGCAAACUUUAACGAGCUUUGACAUGCUUUUUUUUCAGCAUUGGGGUCUUGCGUGGUGAGCGUGCAUACCAGCCAUGGCGGCGGAGUACAUUACUCACUGUUUUCCUUGUGAGAACAGGACCUGCUAAUUCCCGGUCUUUUUGACGCUCUCCACAGGUGGUCCUUGGUUCUUGGACAACUCUUCAGAUAAUUCUUUGCCAAUCCUCUGUCAGAAAUCUUGGGAGGAGCACCUGAUCGAGGCAAAUUUAUUGUGGUAUGAUUGGCUUUUCACUUAUGUAUUAUGGCCCCAACCGUGCUCACUGGAACAUUCAGAAGCUUAGAUAUGCGAAUGUAACCAAUGCCAUCGUUAUGUUUUGCAACAAUUAGUUUGCGAUGGUCUUGAGACAGCUCUCUGCUCUUACCCAUCAUGUGUCUUGGCUCACACCUUGGCAAUGAGACAUUUUUGUUGGCCAUCAAUUAGGACUGAACCAGCUGAUAUUCAUUUGCACUGACAAGGGGCUGGAAUGCUGUUUGAUUAUUGAUAGAUUGUAGGUGUUGUCUUGGCUUUCCAUGCCCUUUUGGACCUCCCUUCAUGUGUUCAAUACUUUUUCCCUGUGUCAUUUCACAUUAUUACACGCAACUUAAUAGCUGAUCUUAUUUGCUCUACUUUGUAUGUAUGUAUGGAUUACUUGGGUUGUUCCCGACAUCUGGUGAAAAUUUAAUGUCAACAGCACCUUUGGAACUAUAUUUAGUGAGAAAAUGGUGACGUGUUAAAUACUUAUUUCAGCCGCUGUAUAGGUAUUUAUCCAAGAGCCAUAAAAACUUGAAACUUGAUAUUUUGAUUUCCUAAGUAGCGAUAAGAAGUCUUAUGGACCUACUUUUUGGAUAUAUCCUGAAAACACUGGAAAUACUAAAGUGUACUGUAUUGUGAGAAUUUUUUUUAUUUAAUUGUGUGAAUGCUAAAGAGCCAACACAAAAAUUCAGUUUUUAUUAUUCUGUCCUUAUUUGUCCAUUUACUCCCACCACAUUUCUCGACCGAUUCAAACUAUUCCUAUUCCCAGUCUCACAUUCUCGAUGUCAACAAUGCAAUGAAUUCCACAGCAUUUCACUGCAGUGUCAGAUCUUCAGCAUUCAUUCACUCAGAAAUUGCAUUCUAGUUUUGUGUAGUAUUGUGUCAUAUUUAUUUAAUUGUGGAAUAAGAUCAACUUAUGUCCCAGUGAAUGUAGUUUAAUGAAUUUUUAGAUAAUUCAGCCCCCGAGAGCGGUUUGACUUAGCAACAUCAAAUUGGGUAGGCAUGUCUAUCAUGAGUAGACCCACAAAAAAGUCUCAAGAAGCCAUGCCCUCCAAAGACAGGAGAAGUCAGCCAUUUUGGGUCGAUUUUAGACUUUAGCAAUUUUAGAGUCAUUUUGGCAAUUUUCAGAGGUAAUUUUGGCAAUUUUCAGAGGUAGUAAAGAUGAACUUUUUUUCCGAUGGCAACCAAAUUUGGACCACGUACAGUGGGAAGAAAAAGUAUGUGAACCCUUUGGAAUUUAUCAAAUUUCUGCAUAAAUUGGUCAUAAAAAGUGCUCUGAAGUUAAUCUAAAUCAGAAGAAUAAACUGUUUGCUUAAAGUAAUAUACAAAAUAUGUUUUUAUAUUUUUAUAGAAAACAUUCAUAGGAAAAAAAGUCAGUGAAGCCCUAUCUCCCACUGUAUACUAGACCAAUAAAUGGUGACAGUUGUUUGUCAAUUAAUUUUCAUGUUAAGCAGUUUUGUGGUGUUACUUGAAUGAUACAAAAUCUGGAAUUUAGAUGGUACUGGUCUCCACUUUUUAAAGUGAAUGUAAGCUAUACAUUUAGAUACUGUGUAUGUCAUUAAUGACCAGCAUUAUUUUUAAAUUUCCUGCGAAGUACAGUAGCUGAGUAGGAAUUGCUUUUGUUACACCAACUGAAAUAAAUAAUGUUGUUUCCAAAUUA